AUGCUUAAGAUGUACCGGCACCUGUUUUCUUAUUUGAUGCUGCUGCUGCUUUUUGUGCUGUUGAUAUGCUUUGACAGUACUGCUGUGCACGCCGAGAGGAAUAAACCCAAGGAAAUACAAAUGCCAGAGCCUGUCGAUCUUUUUGUGCCGCAUCGAACGAUUGUGGAAACACAAGGUGAAAAUCAACUGGGGAAUUCCUUUAACUCACCUUCUCUCGUCAGUGCUGGUGGAGUGUUGGUUGCGCUUGCCAAGAGCCACACCAACCUUCCAUACUCCGGUGAAGAACAGUUUUUGGCCUAUUAUGCUGAUGUUGUGGCGGGGUACAUCGACCCUGCGGAGAGCUGGUCGUCUUUUGCUGCUAAAGUUAAUGCAGAUAAAUGGAAGGCGCACAGCAUCUUUAACACGACCAUUCCAAAGGGACGUGCCUCUCCUGUGAGACGCGCGCGCCGACCCACAACAAUUGCAAAGGGCAACAAGGUCUUUCUACUUGUGGAAGACUAUUAUCUGAAGUAUAAUAAUUCAUCGCAGAACUGGGUUGCAUCCCCACAGGAUCUUGAUUUUCUCGUGGGUGAGGUCACGCAAGAUAAAGUCAUCCAAUGGGGCGAACCCACCUCGCUUUUGCCACAGAUCGAACCAUCUGCUAAACAGCGAGGCCUGGAAGAAUUUGUUAGUGGUGGUGGCUCAGGCGUUGUGAUGGAGAAUGGCACGCUUGUGUUUCCUGUGACGGCGAGAAAGACAGGGGAAAAAGACGUUGUCUCCACGAUCAUUUAUUCGAAGGACGACGGCAAAAAUUGGGUGCUUCCACAGGGGAUGGUCUCUGCACAGUUGAGAGACCCCCUCAUCGUUGAGUGGGAGCAGGGGCAGCUUCUCAUGGUUGUCAAAUGCAAUUCUCUCUCCAAGGUGUUCGAGUCGAGGGACAUGGGGGCAACGUGGACGGAGGCUGUCAGGACACUCACACGCGUGCAGCCCAUGUUGUUACCGGACUCUUUGCGAACAGCUGAGAGAGUGGGGUCCCUCACCACUGCGACCAUUGCUGGAAAGAAGGUUAUGCUGUACACUCAGAAAGGGAUUCCCCCUGGGGGCACGUUGCAAGCCACCGCGCUCUACCUUUGGGUCACUGACAACAAUCGCACGUUUCACCUCGGGCCCAUUUCCAUGGACACUGCAGAUAAGUGGACGUCUGGCAACACCCUGCUGCACUCUAACAAUGCGUUGCACCUUUUACAAGAGAGGGUCAGUAUGACGACCAAAGUCCUGUCUCUUUCUUCCCUAACGGGUACGCUGAAGAAGAUUAAGUCUGUCUUGAAGACUUGGGCAAAACUGGACUCCUUCCUCUCGAACUCGUCUGUGCCCACGGCCGGCCUGGUUGGAUUCUUGUCGGAUGCAUCGGGUGAUGGAACUUGGAACGACGCGUACCGUUGCGUGGGUGCAACUGUGACGAAUGCAAAGAAGGUCGAAAAUGGCUUUAAGUUCACGGGGUCCGAAUCAUACGCCAUGUGGCCGGUGAACAUGUGGAAGCAUCACUAUACGCACAGCUUUGUGAAUUACGAUUCACGCUUGUGGCGACGGUGA